AUGGCCGCGGCAUACGCCGCGCAUAGCAUGUGCGGCGGGCUCUGCCGGGGAUGGGGCUGCUGCGAGGCGCGGGGCGUGGCGCAGCCGCAGGAUGGGAGCGGCGAGGCGCGAGGCGAGGGCGAGGGCGAGGGCGAGCUGAGCUCGGAUGGCGACUCGGACGGGGGGGAGGAGGGCGUGGACUGGUUUGCGGGAGACCCUGCGUGGGGCUCGGCGGCGCUGGAGGACGAGUGGCGCGCCGCGUCUCUCGCGAGGCAGGCGGUAGGCGACGCGGCGUACGCCGCGGCGCAUGCUGCUGGCGCUUCGCGGGCUGAGGCGUGCGACGCCGCCGUGCGGGCGGUGAGGGCGGACAGGGUUGAGGCUCGGUCCUCAUUCCUCGUGCGCGCUGGGUGGCCCGCUCCGGACGACGACCCCGACGAGGAGGAGGACAAGAAGGAGAUCAAGGCGCUCGACGAGGGAGACAUCGCGCUGCUCAAAACCUACGUGAGCCGCCGCCGCCGCGCCCGCUCUCUCGCCGCGGCGUGA